UUGUCUGCAGUCAAAGAUGGCGGUGCGGAAGAAAGACGGCGGCCCGAAUGUAAAAUAUUUCGAAGCGUCUGAUACUGUUUCUCAGUUUGAUAAUGUCCGCGUCUGGCUGGGAAAGAAUUACAAGAAGUACAUCCAGGCCGAGCCCCCCACCAACAAGUCUCUGUCCAGCCUGGUGGUCCAGCUGCUCCAGUUCCAGGAGGAGGUGUUCGGUCGACAUGUCAGCAACCCUCCGCUCACCAAGCUGCCAAUGAAGUGUUUUCUGGACUUCAAGUCAGGAGGGGCUCUCUGCCACAUCCUGGCUGCUGCCUACAAGUUCAAGAGUGACCAAGGAUGGCGCAGGUUUGACUUCCAGAAUCCGUCGAGGAUGGACCGAAAUGUAGAGAUGUUCAUGACUAUUGAGAAGUCCUUAGUGCAAAACAACUGCCUCAGCAGGCCAGUUAUCUACUUGAGCUCUGACAUAGAGCCCAAACUGCUCGGGAAACUGAAGGACAUUAUAAAAAGACAUCAGGGAUCUGUAGCAGAGGAAAAGGCCUCCAGCUCCCAUGUUGUUGUUUCGAUUCCCACCAGCCUGGAGGAAGAAGAGUGGGUGCGUCCAGUUAUAAAGAGAGAUAAGCAAGUGCUCCUUCACUGGGGAUAUUUUCCUGACAGUUAUGAUACCUGGAUCCAAGCAAGUGAGAUUGAGGCUUCUGUGGAGGAUCCUCCGAUCCCAGAAAAGCCUAGGAAGGUCCAUGCCAAGUGGAUUUUAGACCUGGACCAGUACAACGAAUGGAUGAAUGAGGAGGAUUAUGAAGUGGGCGAGGGCUGCCCAAAGAGGAAGAGGAUCUCAGCCAAGACCCUGACAGAUGAGGUGACCACUUCAGAUGAGCGGAGGGACAAGAAGCCUGGCAGUGCCAAGAAGAGGAAGAGGUCGCCGUCGCCGUCCCCCACCCCUCCGCCUCAGGAGAGCAAGAAAAAGAAUACAAAAAAAGGGCCAACGACCCCGUACGCCAAGUCUAAACGAGGCCAAAGGGAAGAGGAACAGGAGGAUCCUAGCAAAGACGUGGAUGAAGCAUCACCUGUUCCUGCAUCGGAAGAGGGAAACCCAACUAAAACAAAUAACACUAAGAAGGAGUCUGAUUCAACUUCAGUCAAGGGCGGAACAGAAAUUGAAGAGCAAGAGGAUGAUUCCAUGGAAACAACAGGCAAGGAGGAGGAGGAAGGCUCCGCGAGCGUGAAGGGUGAACCAGUGAAAGGCUCCGACCUUCACGAGGACAAUGUGACCGAGCAAACUCAUCACAUUAUUAUACCGAGCUACGCUGCCUGGUUUGACUACAACAGUGUUCAUGCCAUUGAGCGCAGAGCCCUUCCAGAGUUUUUCAAUGGGAAGAACAAAUCCAAAACACCAGAGAUUUACCUGGCCUACAGAAACUUCAUGAUUGAUACAUACCGGCUGAACCCUCAGGAAUAUCUGACGUCCACGGCCUGUCGCAGAAACCUGGCAGGAGACGUGUGUGCAAUCAUGAGAGUGCACGCCUUUCUGGAGCAGUGGGGCCUCAUCAAUUACCAGGUUGACUCUGAGAGCCGACCCACACCCAUGGGUCCCCCACCCACUUCUCACUUCCACGUCCUUGCAGACACUCCGUCCAGUCUGGUCCCCCUGCAGCCCAAGACGUCCCAGGUCCACACUCUCUCACACAAACAUAAUAGUAACAUGCACACAUGUUCUGUUUUGAUUUACUCGUGUGCUGUCAUUGUGCACCUGCAGACUCCUGCUACCCAGCAGAUGAUGUCCUUCCCAGAUAAAGUGAAAGAGAAACCAGCAGAUCUGCAAAACUUUGGGUUGCGGACUGACAUGUACAGCAAGAAAACUUGUUCUGCAAAGAGCAAGAACACAACAAGCUCCAUGAGGGAGUGGACAGAGCAGGAAACACUGCUACUGCUUGAGGGGUUGGAGAUGUACAAAGACGACUGGAACAAGGUCUCAGAGCACGUGGGGAGCCGCACGCAGGAUGAGUGCAUCCUGCACUUCCUGCGGCUGCCCAUUGAAGACCCUUAUUUAGAAGACAACUCGUCGUCCCUCGGGCCGCUAUCUUACCAGCCGGUACCUUUCAGCCAGGCGGGAAACCCUGUCAUGAGCACAGUGGCCUUCCUCGCCUCUGUCGUCGACCCACGUGUUGCCUCUGCUGCAGCCAAAUCUGCCCUGGAGGAGUUCUCUCGUAUGAAGGAGGAGGUUCCUGCAGCGCUUGUUGAGGCUCAUGUGCGGAGGGUGGAGGAGGCAGCGAGGGUCAGUGGCCGCCAGGACCCACUCUAUGGCUUGGAGGGUAGUGGCAUAGCAGGCACGGGCCUGGAGGAGGGAGAGAGACCUGAUGAAAGCAGCGAUGAAAGUAAGAGUGACAGCCAACCAAGUGAAGAGAAGAGGGAGUCCAAGGAGAGCAAGGAUGGAGCAACCGAGGAAGAGGAGAAACAGUCAGAGAAUGGGAAGAAGGAAGAAGAAAGAGGAAGAGACGCAGAAGGCGAGAGGGAGACGGAUAAAACAGAGUCAGAGAUUGGUAAUGGGGAGAAGGUGAAGGAAGGAAAAGAGGGCACAGAGGAAGGACAAAGAGAAGCAGAGAGUGAAGGAGAGAGGAAAGCUAAGGUGGAGCGCGACGUUGGAGAGGGGAACCUUGCCACUGCUGCUGCAUCUGCACUCGCUGCUGCAGCUGUCAAAGCCAAGCACCUGGCUGCAGUUGAAGAGAGGAAGAUUAAAUCUCUUGUGGCGCUGCUGGUGGAGACCCAAAUGAAGAAGCUGGAGAUCAAACUUCGACACUUUGAAGAACUGGAAACCAUAAUGGACAGAGAGAGGGAGGCCUUGGAGUACCAGCGUCAGCAGCUGCUGGCCGACCGUCAGUCCUUCCAUAUGGAACAGUUGAAAUAUGCCGAGAUGAGGGCCCGCCAGCAGCACUUCCAGCAGAUUCAGCACCAGCAGCACAGCCAGGCUGGAGGCCCCCACGCCAACCAGGCCGCCCCAGCACCUGCCCCAGCACCCCUCACCGCCAGUCAGCAGGCACUCAACACACCGGCACCGCAGCCGGCCCCCAGUCCCGCACCUCCAUCUUCAGCCUCCGCCUCGGCCACUGAGACCCAACCCCCUCAAGGGGCUCACACCUCGCCCACCCCAGCUCCCCAUUCCAGCUCCAGCUCCAGCACUACUCCUGGAGCCCAUGAACCUACCCCCCCUCUUCCUGGGGAAACGCUACACCCUUCAGCUCCAGUCCCACCUCCACAGUGAGAGAAUCAUACAUACAGCCUGAGAAUCCGAAUGACUCUGACCACUUGUCGGUAUCAUCUCAAAUGAAGAAGUUAUAAACCCGAAGAACAACACAUUUUACAUGUUCAGAUCUUUAUCUUUUUUUUAUCAACAGGACAAUUGAUGCAAGGAAGAAAAAAUGAUGAAGUAUUAAUUAAACCAGCUCUACUUUUAGUUUCUGUUGAAAAAGAUGUCCUUUUUAAAAUGUUAUCGGCCUAUGAAGAAAAUGUUGUUUCAAACAGAAGCUGUUGGUCCUGUGCAUUUGAUUGGACAGCAACAUCUCACCUCAGAAUUUGAAGCUUAACCAGUGAACUAAGAGGCUCUUACCAACAUGUUGCCAAUCAAGGAAAGAGGACCAAACUUAUCCUGCGUUUUCAGUGGCAAUUGUUGUAUGUAUUUUCUGCAACAGCUUGUGAAGUUUGUGCUUCACAAUCUCUCCAGAGCCCCCCCCCCCCCCCCCCCCUGUGUACUGUAGGUACUAAGUGAAAUAUAUGUGAGACAAAAAUGCACUUUUAACAUGUUUCCCGAGGUCUAAUUAAAAGACUUGAAGCAUCAAUGAAAUUUAACUUCAGCACUUAUAUCAUCCUUUUGUUGUCUUAAAUACUUUUUCAUACUGAAAGAUUUGCAGUCACCACAGGGUCUGGCCCAGAUGUUUAAAACUAGAGAAAUGUCAGUUAUGAAAAAGAAAAAAAAAUCAGAAGCCAAUUGUAAAUGAAGUUGGUUUGGAUGCAGUUUGAGACGUUGUACUGUAAACAGGAUUUUUUGUUACAAACACAUCUUGUGUCGCCUGGUAAUGAUACUAUUUGAAAGUUCUUCUGACAGCAUGAACCCAUCAUCCUGUGGAGACUUCUCUUUAUAUAUAUCUUAAAAAUGUCCUUCCAUUCAACAGCACUUAAGGAAUAACAGCGAUUAGCUUUGUAUUUUUCAAAUGUGGAUGAACUGAAGCAUCGAGGAGUUUGUGAGGAAUGUAGUUUUUUUUUCAAAAGGAGUGAUUGAAUGUCUGGGAAUAAUGGCAGUGACCGCAUGAGUAUUUUAUUAAUAAUUUGACUUUGUGUUAAUUGCUCAACCAAAAUGUUUUAUAAUCAUGUUUAUCUCCAUUUAUUCAGUGAGUUGUAUUGUGGUUGUUUGGGAAAUUGAGAAGGUUUUUAAGCAGCUUGUUUUUCUCUGGUGCAUUUCAAGUUACACUCGGAGGAAAUGUGAAGCCUGUCGGAAAACACAAGGGAGCUCGCACCUUAAACAGCUGACAAUGGAGUAUUGUGUCCUUAAUAUCUGCAACAAUAUCCUCACUUUUUAUCCUAUCAAUUUCUAUAUUUUUUACUUUGUUUUUCCAUCUCCUUUCUAUGAUAUGUCGACGUUGUACCUGUAUAUUAUUACAUUUGUAGCUUAUAUUCCCUCUCCACUUGUGUAUGAAUUAGGCAGGUUUGUUGGAACUGUCUUGAGAUGUGACUGUGAGCAUUUGUGUAUGUGACCGCAUGCCAUUAAGAUCUGUAAACAACAUUGCCGCUCAGUUUUAUUUCCAGUGCCAUUCGUCGUGUGCCACAUGGUUUGAAGGAUUGAAAACGUCUUCCUUUUGCACACGUCACGUCAUUGUCAUGAAUUAUAAUCCAGUCAGAAGGUGAAACUUUACAGUUAAUGUCCGUUAAGCCAGUAUUGCAGACCUCAUCAUAGUUGUGAGCGUAAAAGGACUUAUUUUAUCCGUGUUAUUACUACAUUGUGUGGAUUUUGUGAUAUGAAAUAAGUGUAUGUUCAGUUUCUGUAUGUUUUUCACUAUGCUGAAGGUAGCAGCAAUUGCAUUGAUUAUUAUACAGUAGAAUCAAUUUUUCCUCAGUAAGUCAUCACAUUCUGACUGACAGUUACUCUGACAGUUUGUAUUCAACAGAGAUGCAUAAAAAAGGGUUCAGGUUUUAAUUACAAAAUGUUGGAAAAAAAUAAAGAUGUGAAGAGGAA